AUGCGGAAAGAGAUUGAUGCUCUUGAGGAAAACCAUACUUGGGAUAUUAUUGAUUUACUUCCCAAGAAGAAUGCUAAAAAUAAGAAAUGGGUCUACAAGUUGAAAUUUAACUCUGAUCCCACUUUGGAACAUCGCAUGGCUCGUCUAGUCGCCAUGGGAAAUCAUCAAAAAGAGGGGACUGAUUUUAAAGAAACGUUUGCUCCAUUUGCCAAAAUGACAACCGUUCGUUCUCUUCUCAGUGUUGUUGCUGCUAAGGGUUGGGAAGUCCACCAAAUGGAUGUUCACAAUGCUUUCCUUCAUUGUGAUCUUGAUGAAGAGGUUUACAAUCUUUUUGUCACUUCAAUCUUUUAUCUUAAAAAGACCACACAACUACUGCAAGUGGACAAUUAA